AUGGCUUUCUCACGCAACUAUGUGCCGCUAUUCUUUGCCUCCAUAGCCACUACAGCAGUAGCCCAAAACAUUUCAAAGGUAGAUUUGGGCUGGUACGCGCCCAAGAAAAGCUGGAUCAAUGAUAUCGGCCAAGUCUUGAACGGCACAGGGACGAAUGGGUUUGUGUUCAACAGCUCGCAGCUACCAGCUGGUGUGGAGUACGGAACGUACAAUUGGUGUAAUAUGCCGCAUGUGAGGAAAGAAGAGUAUGUAAAGGUUGAUGAUGAGUUCGAGUUGGUGUACGUGGAGGUUAUCCAUCGCCAUCACAAGCGCACACCUUAUGCCUCCAAUACUUUUCCCAAAGAGGCUUAUCCCUGGGAUUGCAAUGACCAAGGACUCUUCUACUAUGGCGAGCCUCUAAAUCCUGCUGGUAACACUUCUGCGUCAACAUAUUGGAGUGUCUACACCAAUCCUGUUAACCCCUUCGCUGUGGCUGGCUUCAACGGAUCGUGUCAGUUUCCGCAAAUUACCCGUGAAGGCCUCGACGACUCGUUACAGCACGGCAAAGAUCUUUACGGCGUAUACCACGACAUGCUCGGCUUUCUACCAGACGUCAUCAACGAAAAGACAACAUGGCGCGUCUCAAAUAACGUGAUCACUAGCCAAGUCGCCGGAAUGUUGAUUGAGGGCAUGUACAACUCCAAAGACAACGUACCACUGCAUGUUCAACCGUCCACCAUCGACUCCCUAGCCCCGUCGUACUCUUGUCCAGCAGCCUCUUCUCUCUACAGCUCCUACGGUGUUAGCAGCACAGCUUCAAACUGGACUGCACAUCUCAAAGCCACAGCACCACUCUUUGCUUCUCUCGACGCCAUAAGCGGUGUUGCUACCGACUCUUCGGAGUGGCAUAAUUGGUUCGAUCACUACUACGACAAUCUCUCCGCUCGUCAAUGCCACGCCAAACCUUUACCCUGCAACAUCACCAACCCAGAUCUUUGCGUCACUCAAGAACAAGCCGAUACUGUUUACCGUCUUGGUCAGUACGAGUAUUCGUUCAUUUACCGCGAUUCUCCGCUUUCUCUACAAGCAGCUGCAGCUUCCUACGGCAUUUUCAUGGCCGAGGUUGCAGAGAAUAUACGCGCUGUUCUUGCAGGCAAAGACUCCGUCGUAUAUCGGCAUAAUGUUGCGCAUGAUGGGUCGUUGGCGCGCUUACUUAGUUUCUUGCAGGUCGAAACUAUGGUUUGGGUGGGCAUGGGUUCCGAGGUUGUGUUUGAGGUUUACCAGAAGGGGGGUAAAGCAUAUCUGCGUAUACUUUGGGGUGGACAGAUUUUGAAGAGUUCAAAUCCAAGUUUAGGGAGAAUUGAUAUGAUUGAUCUGGAUGUUUUUCUGGGGAUGGACAUGCGAGCCCACGCGAAAGGACAUCUCUUGACUGGAAUCUUUACACCUAGCGCCACAGCCCCAUCCCUUACAACAGCACCCCACUUUAAUAACUCCUCCACACCGAUAACUGUGCGCUUCUCUUCCUCCACCGGCUUCCCCAAGAUUGCAGACACAGACCCCAAUGCCAAUCCGCGAGGCAUCGCAAUUCGAUUUCACCUGCCUCCCAAGGAAGACGGAACGCGGCAACAUACCGAUAUCAUUGCUCAUUCGACACCAUACUUCCCUACACGUACUGGUGCUGAGUUCCUGGAGUUUCUAAAAGCGGCAACAGGGCAGAACGCAGGAGAGGCAGUGCCCGAGUUUCUGGGCCGCCAUCCGGAGACGGCAAGGUUCUUACAAGCGGCGAAGCCUAGUCCUGAGAGUUUCGCUACAGAAAAGUUCUUUGGUGUAAAUGCCUUCAAGUUGGUCAAAGGGGGCAAUGCUACCGUGGUCAGGUACAGAAUCGUACCCGUUGCCGGGGAGAAGCAUCUCGACACUGAGGCGUUGAAAGAGAAAUCCGACACUUAUCUUUUCGAUGAGUUGACCCCACGUCUGCAGUCUGGAUCUAUUGGAUUCAAGUUACUGGCUCAGGUUGCGGAUGAAGGUGACGUAACUGACAAUGCGACUGAGAUCUGGCCUGAGGAGAGGAAGGUUGUCGAACUGGGUGAGAUUCAGAUCGAAAAGAUCAAGGACGAUGAGGAGAGCGCGAAGGAGCAGAAGAGUAUAAUCUUUGAUCCUAUUCCGCGAGUAGAGGGAGUAGAGCCAAGUGACGAUCCGUUGUUGGAGGUACGCGCCAGCGUUUAUCUGAUCUCUGGAAAGCAAAGAAGAGCUGCGGAGGAGCCGGAGAAGGCGGAUAGCGUGGUCGCUACGGAUGCUGCAGUGGCUGCAACAUAA